GUUCGCGAUUAUCGCUUACCGUUUUUUGCUGCUGACCUGGCCACAGAAAUUCCACAGCAUCCGACCGUAUGAUAAGCCCGUUCCCGUUAAUCACGUAGGUGUUUUGUUUGUUGUUUGGACGAGGCACAUAAAUCAAGAUUAUUGAUUUUUCCCCAAAAAGUGCAUCACAAUGUCGCAGAAUUGAGUCUGCCUUGCGAGGUGUCGUCGUGUUGAGGAAUUCACUGUGAGAAUUGUAAUUGUCCUUUUGAAAGAGUUUGCAUAGAGGAUCAUCAUUAUGUUGAAGCAGGAAAAUCUUGCAGCUAAUUUCUGUGGUCUUCUAUCCUUGAGUGGAAAUCGAGAUGUCGCCAACGAAUGGCGCAUACUGGGCAAAGAGCAGAACGGUUCCCUGCUGGCCGGGUGGGUUUCUUUCAGCCCCAGCAAUCGAUCGGAGCAGAAAAGUCGCAUUGGGUCGUAUUCACCGCAGCACAAAUUGUUCGACAUUUUGUAUACAUUCCCACAAAAAGAAAACAUCAUCCAGGCAUCCGUCAACCUGACUAAAACGUUGCUGUUGUAUACGACCAAGGAACUGCGGCAGGAGGAUUCGGGCCGCAAAACAGACAUUUACAGAACGUUUCUGGUAGAAAUUAAAGCCGACGUAGAGGUGGAACCACACCUGCUUAUGGAAGUUGAUCGAAACCACCAGAUGAUGGGACAAUUUCUGUGGCGCAAUUUGGCAACUUUUGAGAAAAGUCAGCAAGAUAAAUUUUUGCUUCUGAUUCACCACGAACAAGUCCUACUUUAUACAGCAACGUUGAAAAAACAAAGCGUAGAAGCUGAAAAUGAAGAUAUCUUGGGCACUAGCUCAAAGUUGAACUACUCGGAUCCUAAAGCUUGGUAUUUGGACAAAUCUUCGCUGAAAAAUGAAACAAUAGCCAAAGCUUUCGUUUGGGCCCAAUGGGAUUCCACGGUGCAAGCACUCUACUACAUUCAUAUGAAGCCAGCUCCGAAAACGCUUUUCGAGAAAGAUGAAUCCAAUGGAGAACGCAAAAUGAAUCCUACUUUGUCGGCUUUCCAAUUUCACGAUGACCUACGAACUGAAACCGUUCUCAACAUUCCACUAAAUCUUCCCAACAUUCCCACCUCCAGCUCCGGCACAGAAGACAUUUACGAGGAUGACACGGUUCCUCUAAGAAUCCACGAUUCAUCCCUGAAUUUGGUAAUUGUUAGUGAUCCGUCGGGAAUGCUGUAUGUUUGUCACUACUAUCUGUAUCAACCCAUCAAGCAAUCUGACGAGGAAGCUUCGUGCUCGCAAAACAUCUGUGACGUACACUUUGCCUAUUCGGUUACGAUUCUUCACCAUGGUUGCGUGAUCCACUGUGUCAUUCCUGGAAUUCCCUGGGAAAAAGCUAAAAACAUGAAGCCAACUUUCACACUCCACGGCGAUCAUCACAUGUUGGUUUUCCAGGCCGAUCUAUUUAUGCACCUGCUGGACGUGGGUCUUUCGCAUGAACCAUGCUGUCACAUCGUGUGUGCUCCGUUUACGCGUCAACCGAUAACGCAUCUGGUGCCAUGCUUCGCUACCAACAACAUCUGCUACGAUUCGGCCACAUUGGAUCUGAUUUCGAUUACCAUUCCCAAAAGUCACCUGAUUGAAGCGUUCCGUAACGAUACCUCGGUGGACAAUCGGCUUGCCAUCGUUCACUAUUUCCUCGCACAUUCCAGCGGAGAUAUUGUUGAGAUUUUCUCUGAGAUAUUGGAUAUCAUAAUGGAACGUCCGCUACAUUUGGAUACGGUACCCCUCUUAAAGGAAGCACUCGUCUCGGCUACCUACGCAUCAUCGAAGAAAGGUCUUUCCCAAGAUCAACUGGCCCUAUUCCGAUUACUUCCCUUAACAACUUACAACUGUUCCAAACCGAUUCAAGCUAAGGUGUCCAACCUGAGCGUUGGACUUUCACACGAGACUCUCUACAACACGACAAUGAUGUUGCUAUCACCGCAACAACGUCUCUCGCCCUACCGCAAAGAUAUCUGGACCAGUUUGUGGGAGCGCCUGAGUGACAACAAGGAACGCGCCCGAUUCAUCCAGGAACAAGUUUCGGAAAAGCUGAUGUACUCUCUAACCUGUUACCAACCAGAAGCGCUCUCUCGUUGUACUACCCCAAUGUCCCCAGCAAACCCUAUCGUAAACGUCGCAGCCGAGUUUGGUGCCGCCAGUUCCCGUUCCCGAAUGCAGCAAGCAAACGAUUUGCUUCCAUUCAUGGAGUCGGAAGCGUGCACCGCAAGCAAACAGGAACUGGUUCUGAACGUUAAUCUGCGGGAGCUGAGCAUGCAUUUGGUGAAGCACAGCGUUAAGGAGGUCAGCGGUUUCCGCUGGCUGAGAAAUGCUUUCUAUGACAGCAACCCGGCACCCUCGCACGUGCAUGCGGUUGCCACCCGGUACGUUGCCGCCCAACUUGAACAGUCUCGGGCACUUUGCGUUCUGGUUUGCAAAACUGCCGGCCUAGAUUUGCAACAGGAAGCUGACCGUGGAUUUGCUUUGGUUGACCAACUAAGCAGCGCCCAGCAACUGAAGCUGUUCACAAUGUUAGAACGCUACUGCCUGGCAGCGGAAUCGCUAGCUUUCCCGCUUCCCCUAGGAUUUUCCUCCUUCUUUACCUACCUGGGUUACCGGGCGCUUUCUUUCGACAACUUUAUGCAGCACGUGGAACAUCACGUGUUCGAGCUGCAAAUCGACGUGGUCAAAGUGAUCAUCACCGACAUCGAUGACUCACCGGAAGGUAUCCAGCGGAAGCUGAGCCUGAUGAUGACCUUGCCAAGAACCAGAGCCAGACGAUUGCUUAACGGGUGGAAUCAUCCGGUAGCGACCAUGCUGAAAGGGCGGGAGCAUGCUUUGAACAUAUUGUCCGGAAAUUCCGUUCAUCCCAGAGGCUACUCGCAGAUUAAGAAACGGGAGUACAAACCUAAAGAUCUCGGUGAACAGAUGAAUGCCGUACAGAGAUUGCAGGAACCACUGGACUGCUUCCUGGAGAUGCUAACGGCUAAGGCCAGCUUGAACGAGCUAGAUUUCAACCUGUUGAUCGAAACCACGCUUAGCUCGGUUGACGACUUUGUACUGUAAGCUUCUGGCGCAUGUCUGAUUUGAAAGAAAACUUUACUGUGCCAUCAUGACGUAUAUUCAUUAAAAUUGAAAAAAAGGAUGUCGAUAUCUAUGAAAAACAUAUUUUUUUGUUAAAAAACGACGUACAACUACUCCGUCAAACUAAUUUUUCACGGUCGCUACGUGAGUAAAGGCGUCAUUGUUCACAGCAUUUCAAAUGUACCAUUUCGUUUUAUAUUUUUCGUUCAAGAUUUGAAAAAAAAUUAAAUUAAGAAAAAUGGAAAGUGUAGAACCACUUGAGUUGCAUGACGAUUUUCUGAGUAAACAACAGUUAAAAAUAGGAAAGAAAAACCAAUGAAAAUGAUUAUUUUUUUAUAUUGUUCCUUUUACGUAUAUAAAGUGACCGUUUAGGGUAACGGUUAUUAGUUUUUACUAUUAUUUUCAAGUUUUAAAGUGAAAAUAUUCUCUUCAAUUUGCAUUUAAGUAUUUUUUCACAAUUUUGUUUACCAAUUUUUUAAGGGAUCGUGCAAUAACUUACUCAAAAGUGUCGAUUUUGCUUACUAAAUAUAAACCCUAAUCAC